AUGCCUUCACCACCAAAACCAGGUGUUUAUACACCAAUACCAACUUUUUUCAAAAAAUCAGAUUUAUAUACUAUUGAUUAUGAUAGUCAAAUUAAACAUGCUAAAUUUUUACAAAAAAAUGGAAUUGAAGGUAUACUUAUUAUGGGAUCAACUGGUGAGCAACCACAUUUAACAAGAAAAGAAAGAUCUUCAAUUGUGGAAAAUAUUCAUAAAAAUUUACCAAAUUUUACAUUACUUGCUGGUGUUGCAGAAAAUUCUUUACAUGAUGCAAUUGAUGAAAUUGAAUCUUUAUAUCAUUCAGGUGCUACUUAUGCUGUUGUUUUACCAUCUUCUUAUUUUGGUAAAGAUAUAAAACAACAAGGAAUAAUUGAUUGGUAUAAAAAAUUAGCUGAUAAUUCAAAAUUACCAAUCAUUAUAUAUGUUUUCCCAAAUGUUGGUAAUGGAAUUCAAAUUGAUCCUAAAACUAUCAUUGAAUUAUCAAAACAUUCAAAUAUAGUUGGUACUAAAAUUAGUCAUGGAGAUGUUUCUCAUCAUGCAAUUGUUGGAUUACAUGAAGAUAUAGCUUCUGGUGAAAAUAAUUUUAAUGUUUUCACUGGUCAAGGUCAAGUAUUAUUACCUGUAUUAACUGUUGGUACAAAAGGUACAAUUGAUGCACUUAGUGGUGCAUUCCCAAAAUUAUAUGUUGAUAUUUUUAAGGCAUAUCAAAAUGGUGAUUAUGAUAAGGCAAGAUCUUUACAAUUAGCAGCUUCUAAAGGUAAAACAGCAGCUGCAAAGCUUGGUGUACUUGGUUUUAAAAGAGCAAUUUUUGAACAAGGUUUUGGUGAAACUUAUCUAGGUAGAGCACCAUUAAAUCAAGAAUUUGCUGAUGAAGUUUGGAAUAAUGCCAAAGAGGAUAUAGAAGUAGCUAAUCAAGCAGAUACAUCAUCCUUUUAA